CGCGCAAGGGGGACUGAAGAGAGCCAAGCAGACGAUGGAAAGCAUUCACCUCUUCCUGUACACCUUCCUCGUGUCUCACUACUUGUGGAGCGUCGUCUUCAUCUUGUGGCUCUCCGUGAGCGGGACGCCCACGGAGCUCAGCAACUAUGGCUUGCCUCAUUGAAGUUGGCGAGCACGAGCGCGGAGACUCGCGUCCGAGUCGCUAUGGACUCUUGUGAAAUUCCUGCGCUUCCUCUUCUGCGAGCCCAAGCAGGAUUUCCGCAGGAUAUCCAUUUCACAUAACGCUCGAGCCUGAAAUGCAUCAAGUUUUGGUAAUCGCGGCGAAAGGUUUUGUUUGAAUAGUACGUGCGUAAACGCAUUAUUAUUAUUAUUAUUUUAAUUUUUUUUUGCUUGCGCAUGCUUACUUUUUUGGGACUCGGUAGUCAAUCGAUAAGGUCCAGUCUUGCCAAGUGAACUUUGCGCACAAGUCCGCCAUGGCUUUACCAGACAGCGGCAUAUCCGCAGAGGAAGUUCCCUUCCCGGAGAUCGUAGAGCUGAAUGUCGGCGGUCAGGUGUACAUAACCCGCUACUCCACGCUCACAAGUGUGCCAGACUCCCUUUUGUACGAGAUGUUCAGCCGCAAGUCGGCCAAAGGACUGGCCAGGGACACCAAAGGGCGUUUCUUCGUGGACCGGGAUGGCUUCCUUUUCCGCUACAUCCUGGACUACAUGCGGGACCAGCAUCUGGUCCUUCCCGACCACUUUCCCGAGCGCGGGCGUCUGCAGCGGGAGGCCGAGUUCUUCAACCUGCCCGAGCUCGUCAAGCAACUGGCGCCCAAAAUAAGCAAGCAGAACUCGUUGGGAGACGACGGGUGUCAGAGCGACCCGGAGGACUCCUCGCCCGGGGCGGACGGCGUCCGGAAUCUGGGGUCGCUCGGCGCGGCGGCGGCGGCCUGCGCCGGCCUCGCGCCCCACUCGAUGGAUGGGAAGAAAUCCGGCUUCGUCACCAUUGGCUACCGCGGCUCGUACACCCUUGGCCGCGACAGCCACACCGAUGCCAAAUUCCGUCGGGUGGCCCGGAUCAUGGUCUGCGGGAAGACGUCCCUGGCCAAAGAGGUCUUCGGGGAGACCCUGAACGAGAGCCGCGACCCCGAUCGCCCGCCGGAGCGCUACACGUCCCGCUACUAUCUCAAGUUCACCUUCCUGGAGCAGGCCUUCGACAAGCUGGCCGACGCCGGCUUCCACAUGGUGGCCUGUAACUCCACGGGAACCUGCGCUUUUGCCCACGAGCAGACGGACGACAAGAUCUGGACCAGCUACACCGAAUAUGUGUUCCACCGUGGUUCAUCGGUGAUUCCCAAAGCCAACACAACUUCAGAUUUCCGCAUUCUCCCUGAAGCGGCCCCAACCAAACCUCAGGCUGAGUCGGCUUCAGUGGAACCCAGCAGCAACAGCAGCACAAGCUUUGGUGGUCGAACCCAAAGCCUCCCAGAAAGUAGCAGCAUCCCAACACCGGACGUACGACCCCUUAACUCCCCCCCCCCUCCCCUCACACCUCCACUUCCUUCUCCUCCAUCACUUCCCCCGAGAAGCCCCGAACUCCCCCCUCCACCCCCCCAUGUCCCAACACAGGCGCUGCCCUCAACCAAACCUUGCCCUACCCCCAGUCCUCCCUCGACUCCGCCUCCCUUCGAGAGCACCCAGCACCCAACCAACCUCAUCCUAAAGACGCUGCCCCGGCUCACUCCGCGAGAGAACGGAGGUCCCCUUACUGUUGUGAAUGAAGAUGAGGAGGAGAGAAAGAUGCUGGAGGAGGAUCUAAAGAAAUGCAUUGACGACUUCAAAAAGAUCCGCAUGCCCAAAGUGUUUCCAGAUCGUAAGAGGCACUGGCAAAAUGACUUGCUCAAGAAGUACAAUGCGUAGUGUGCAUCUGUUUAAACAUGCCCAUGUUAUAACAAUGAACAGUAGAGUCCACAGUAUUUCCAUGGUGCUUGUAUCCACAUUUUGUGACCGCUGUUGACAAGUUUCCUCAAGCUCUACAAUUAGAUGCCAUCAGCAAUGCAAUACACUGAGCAGAGUGCUUAGCCCUCAGCUAGUUUACAUGUUAGCAAUAACCAAGUUUGAAUGCAUUUGUGUUCAAACAUAUUAAAUAUUUUCAACGGUACAGUACAUCAUUGAUAAUGUGAUGCGCUUAUUUUUAAAUUUGCUCUUGACACUACGACAUUGUCAAUAACAAGUUAUGGGUGGGUCGCUACUAUUCAAAUUUGCAAAAAAGACAACCAGUUCAGGGUGUACCCCACCCUGAACUGGUUGUCAACCAAUCGCGGGGCACAUACAAAAACAAACAACCAUUCGCAUUAACGUACCAUAAAUGUUUUUGGGAUGUGGGAGGAAACCGGAGUACCCGGAGAAAACCCACACAAACACGGGGAGAAAAUGCAAACUCCACACAGGAUAGCCACAGCCAUGCGAUAAAUAUAUUUGUAAAAAUACUUUCACAGGCACUCAAUGCAAGAAAACAAGAUGAUUAAAAGGAGAGAGGAUAUGACCAACCAAAUCCUCAAAUUUGAUAGAGCGUGCAGGAGGACGACUCACAAGAAAUGUACAUGCUUGGAGGAAAAAACUGAUAAAAGUAUAUGUUGAUAAUCAUCGAAAAUAUUAAAGUCCGUCAAUGUUGAGUUCUAAGCUUUUUCACUCUGCACUGCUUGUGAUUAAAAAGCUAAGCCGUUUUGUC